UCCUGAUCGAGAAAGAGCCAGAAGUGUACGAAAUGUGCAAGAAUUCACAAGCAAAAGCAUAAGGCUGGGGAUUGAACGCAGUAGAUGAUCGAUCCACUUUGUCUUUCAAGGAGGGGCUUUUAUCAUAUGUUCUCGGAACGGUUGAUACCACGUCGUUUUUGUAAUUUCACGACAACAAUAACAAAGUACUUUACCACAGCGACCGCAAGAUGGUGAUACUUGCUUUCUCGUUUCUGAGUGUGUUUUCACUGGCGACGGUGCGAGCCAUGCAACCUGAUCAACACCUGUGGGCGAGAUCGUCUGCAUGUAUUACUGCCCAAACGCAGAACGCGGAGAAUAGCAGACGGAACUACAGUAAUCUUUCAUCCGGGCACGGGUCUUCUCAUCCGACUCCUGUUCUACUCCAUUCACCGACUGCUGUUCAGCCGCCCGAGUCCGAUGAGCAUGCUCGGGCUGCCGUGAGCUCUCGUCAUAGGCAUUCUGGGUCUGUGCCAGCAUCCGGAACACUUCGUCUUGUCGCUCAGCGGCGUUCUGAGGUGCUCCCGGUACCUCAGACCAUCGCUGAUGAAACGCAACACCGCCUCGUGCGGUCCGCGUCUUGCCAUACGCCUUCGACGCCGCCGCAACCUAUUGCUGGUCAGCGACAACAGCCCGUUGAGGUGACCCGGACCACAUCUGCCUCACCAGGUUCUAUCUUCGAUAAUACUCCGCCCCAGUAUAAUAGGCAGACGCGGCGCGCCUCUUGUCAUCGGCCGUGUCAGCCGAUGGCGCAGGGUGGCAAAGGUCCGAAGCCGAAUCAGAAUCAGCCCUCCUCUUGUCCGAAAAGCAGCGAGUGCGAGAGGCUAAGGACAUCAAGCGCUCGAGACCUUGGGGUUGCUGAAGAUCCAAAAGAGAACAAAAGUAUUAUGGACUACCGUUUUGACGCGCUUCCAGAUGCGUUUCCAGAUGCGUUUCCUGAUGAAGAUUCGGGCAAGGCUGACCGUGGUUGCUUAGGCGGAACGCCCCUCUCGCAACUCAUGUUUGGACUUGGCGAAAGCUCGUCUUCCAGUACGUCUCAACACGAUCACCCCCUUCUCUCGUCUGAACGCACAAAAACUGCCGAAUCUAAAAAAAAUGGAAACGCAAGCAGCGGAAUUCUUGCUCCUCCAAACCCAGGACGUGAAGUUGGAGGAGGCCUCGCCUCUUCAGAUGAAUCACGCCAUACGAAUCUAGUUUAUGGCAACCAUUUUGACACACGCAUCCUGGUCAGCUAGUACUUUCGAAAGAUAUAAAUAUUAGUACUAUAAUUAGAGUAGUUUAUAGACGCUGGGCUACGCUGGGUGGCUGGGCGGCCUCGCUGGGCACGCUGGGCGGCAACGCGAGGCACGCUGGGUGGCAACGCUGGGCACGCUGGGCGAGCGCUUGGAUAGCGCGUGGCGGACUUGAGGGCCACACAUUGAGCAUGCUGAGCCCGCGCGGCCGAUGGAUUUACUUGCGCCGCGGGGAAGCGGUGCAGGUGCAGCGCGUCCCGUGAGCACAAGCAAAGGCGGCGUGCCGCCCUCAAGGUACAGGGCAGCGCUGGCGCAGUGCUGCGCCAGUUUGCGCAGUAGCGGGCUGCGCCUGGUCUGUUCAGGCUUGCACUGCAUUGCGCUGCACUGCGCUCCUCGAUGCGUGCAAUGCUGCGCCGCUCCUGUGCACAACGGUAAACUCGCCAGCGGCGUUGGCCUUUGCCUACGCUAGACUAGCACUGCUGGCGGGGUUCUCCAGUUGGGCGCCCCGCGAUUGGAGGCGCCCAGCGUCACGCUGGGCUCAGAAUUCGGCAGAUCUGGCACAUUUGGGUCGCCCAGCGACCCAGUGUGCCCAGCGUGCCCAGCGUGCCCAGCCCAGCCCAGCCAUGUUGGGAAACCUUCUAAACUGUUCUAAUAUUUAUAUGUAAUUCAACGCUGACUUUAUGUAAUACUCGGAUCAUAAUUCUUCAUCGUGUUUUUGAAAGAGAUCAAUUCCCGUUCCUUGUUUGAAAAAGAAGUAUCUCUUUCCCUAAGAGGCGCAAAGAAGAGCUCGAGACUCAGAUUGCCGCGAACUGAGACUUGCAACUGUAGCCGCAACGAGCAGGUUUCGGGAAGAAGACGAAGAAUCAGAUCGAGCAGAGACGGCGGAGCGUAAUGCUUGGGCAUCGUUUUGGCCAAGUUCUUGGACGAGUGCUUGGUGGUCUGACAAUGAGGGAAACUCCACCUCCGGAGCGAUACCUCAGACGGGCACGACCGCACAGGAGGAGCAAACGCCAUCUGCUGCAGGAGAAUCUUCAGCCACCUGUGCUGAAAGCGCACUUGAUGCAGAUGAAAAACAAGAUGCCGGAGGUGAUAUUACUUCUGGGGAGAAAGAGAACGAACAACACUCCCGUCCGGCUGAAACACUUGGAGAUCAUGGUGGAGAAGAGCUGCGUGCCUUGUCUACGGUUAUCUUCACGAACGAUAAUAAGCGAGGAGGGGAGCACCACAACAUGCAACAUCCUGUCUCGCGUAGAUGUGUGUCCUUCUGUUCGCAACCGGUUGUCAAAGUGGAGCCGGAAGAUGCUGAAGGCGCAAGAUCCGAAAGCUCAACACACUCAAGCAGUACACAGUGUUUCUUCGAUGUUUCUCAGUUUUCGUUUCCUUCUGGAGGAGCCAUGGACGAUUGUGACAUUCAUCUGGAGCAGCAGCUUUCUGGCGCUGUUGAUGUUGAUGAUGGUCAACAUGCUGUUGAUGGUGAUGUUGAAGAUCUUAAUAUUGAUCAUUAUGGGAUGCCGCGAAGUGAAGAAGCUUGUGAAGAAGUUAAUUGCAACUAUGAGGAUGGCGGAGAUAUGCCAGCGUCGCUUCCGCAUUGUCGUCGAAGUUUUUCAGAAGGACUGUGUACUAGUGUUAUGGUCCUCCGCACAGGUUCCUUCAUUUGUUCACGGAGCACCUACCUCUACUCGGUUUUUGUACCUCCUUUGAUUCCUACGUACUCAUACAACUGAACUGAGUACUUAAGACUCAAGAUGAAAAAUGGGAACAAACCGAGACGAUGGGUCCGAGAUGAAUGAAAAUACCUGAGUGACACGCUAAACCUAGUCCACCAUGUUCCACUAUUUCCAGUAGUUGUUCUUGUGAAGAGACUCACACCGACUGGAUUGGCUUAGGAGCUUUAUGUUUGGGUGAGGAUGAAGUACCAGUAGCAGUGGAUCAAUUUCAACCACUGACGGUUCGGCGUCCAUCUUUCUUGGGGUGUCCAGAUGAAGGAGAUGACCUGCAGCGUGUAGCUCGCCCAGCAUUUUUGGGCAAGCUUCAAGAAGACGACGAGGGCGAGGGUUCCGAAAGCGUGCCGGGCGUUGUGCUCGCUGAUUCUGAUGUGCUAGCUGAUUCUGAUACACCUUCUUCUAGCACUAUGUCAACGUUGGUUGCGCUUGCCCGAAUCAAAACGGUUGCGUGCAACAAAAACGCCAACGUUUUCAAGAGUCUCUUUUUUUCAAGUGAAAUGAGUGCAGCAUUAAGUCCUUCCACGAGAUGCGCAGAAGCAAAAGUAGACAAAAUUGUACUGCAAGCAACGCAGGUGCUGAAAAGCGUGUGCGGGAACUUUCCUGACGCGUGUGAUUCACUCUUGCAAAGGACACCUGCAUCUGUUGUUGAAAUUGGAUCUCGACGUGGGGCACAUGCCAUAGCGGCUCUCGCUGUCACAACGUUCGUUCUCCUCUUGGCAACACGCAUACAAAACCCGACUUCGUCGUGCCUUGCUGCUACACCAGCCGACAAUGAGAGCAACUUCUCCGUUAUUUACAAACUUAAUUAUGAUAGUUGUCGGCGGCAUCAAGAAGAUGAAGAUCAGAGUCAAUGGUGGGAUGAACCAGCAAAACGUGGAGAUGAACAGUGUGGGCGCGCUGAACAUCUUCAAAGGCAGGCUAGAAAUGCUACUGCAAAAAGGGUUGACGAGUGCAGUGAGACGACCUGUGGCAGUGUUGACGUGUUGAGCAACGAGGGCCGUCGCGGAACAUGGGGCAUCGAAAAUACAACAGCAGCACCAAAUAGUUCAGAGCUAGGGAAUUUUUCAAGUGCCACCUCAUCAAUCUCUUCGCCUGCAGCACCUCAUAUACAAGUGGCAAGAAGAAAAAUGCAAGCUGCACAAGAUAUUGCUCAAGUACCAGCAGGACAAGAUAUCCUUCCACCUCAUGAUAUUUGUUCUGCUGCUCCACAUGGUCGUGGUGGUACAACUUCAAUACCGCGACCGCCGCAUUGGAGUACUAUUGUCAACAGAACUGCCCUUUCCGAGUACCUGGCUUAUCUUCGCGCCAUGACCUACGCGCAAGGCGCUUUGAUUUUGCAUGAGGUUGUGAAAAUGGUACAAGACGUAGCACUAGGCUUUGGCUUCUCGGUCUCCGACGUGCAGCACGCUGCAAAGCAAUUACUAGUAGAAAUCUGGCGAAGCCGGAAGACAAUCUCAGUCAGCUCCGUCACUCUCUUCAUAGUUGCAAUGGCGGUGCGUGCAGACCCGAUGCACCAGGGCUGAGAAAUCUGCUAGAAGAUAAAUUUUUAGACCCAGCAUGCAUGUUGGCGAUAUGCAUGUAUGAGUAGCACUAGCAUUAGCGCCAUAUCCAUGCAUAUAAUGUGUAUGAUUAGUUUGAAUUGGAGGAGAUGAAUACGAUCAGCAUCACGUUUGCCAUGUAUCACACUUAAUAUCAAAACUAGAACCAAGCAUGUUUUUGCAAACACAACAUUCAGUUUCAACGCAUAUUUGUAGAACAGGGGUCGAUAUGAUUACCUCCAGUACUAUUAUGUAAUAAUUCUUGCUUCCCCGUCUAGUGGUGCUGCUUCUGCUCAUCAUAUUCAUACUACCAUGUAGUUCUUGAAGUUUUCUUGUCGUUUGUGUGCACGCACAUGCAUGCGUAAGAUGAGAACAUAAGGGGAGCUCGAACUCCUUGAUAUGAUAGUACACUCCUCAGUAUUGAUAACCCACAAAGAUGUUGAUGUUCUUUUUUGUGACAUCAGUAACUACUAAGCCACGUCGGGGCCGCUUCUAAACACAGCUAAAGAAGAAAUAACCGUAAGUCUUGAUCACGAUUCACCAACAUAUCGAAUCAAGCAAGUGUAAUAUUAAUACCAGCACAACCUUUCAACUUCGCUAUAUAUAAUAAGAUUGGAGAUUCAGCCAAGCGAAGUCUUUAUACGAUGGCACAAGUUAUGUGCACUCCAUAGAAAAACCUAAACCAUAGAUUAGAGUAUCCAGAGAUGGCACCUCGUUUUCGUUGUUAUCAUCUUUAUGUCAGAGAGCUCUGCAAGAACCAAGAAGUAUUGUAACGAUCAUUCUGUUGUUGCACAGAAGAAAUCAAAACAGUAUAGCAGAAGAAACAUCAGAUGCAUAGCGUGAUUUUUUUUCUAGUAGCAUGAAAAUAGCCUUUCAUCAUGUCAUAGUGUGUUCAUCCCAUCUUCAACAUGAAAUGUCUGAUCAUGUCCAUUAUGUUGUGGUCACAGUUGCAUGUUGGCUACGGCCUUCCGCCGACUCCUCUGACG